AUGAAUGAAGCUACAACAUGUUAUGGAAUGUUCGUUAACUUCACAUCGUUGAACCACAGUAAUAAUGGUGACAACUACAAUAGCAUCUUUGGGGACAAGGUGAAAAAGGAUAAAGAUGAUGAUAAGAUAUAUAGGAGGCUUGAUUCUUGUUUAGUUAUUCCUCCACCAAAAGGAAAGAAGCCUAAAGCAAUCAUUAAAUUUCUUGGUGGUGCUUUUAUUGGAGCAGUUCCGGAAGUUACUUAUAGCUAUCUUUUAGGGUUAUUGGCGAAUGAAGGUUAUCUUAUUAUAUCUGUGCCAUAUAAUGUGACUUUUGAUCACUCAAAAGCUGCUACAGAAGUUUAUGACAAGUUUCAUUUGUGUUUGGAUUCGAUUUUAACAUCUGGAUUGCCUAAUGAUGACGUGUCAUCAGCUCAACUUGUUGAUCUUCCUCUUUAUUCUGUUGGUCAUAGCAAUGGAGCCCUCCUCCAAGUACUCUCUGGAAGCUAUUUCUCUGAGAGGAUACCAAAGGCUAAUGCCAUAAUAUCAUACAACAACAGGCCAGCAACCGAGGCAGUACCUUACUUCGAGCAGUUGGGCCCUCUGGUAAGCCAAUUGAUGCCUGUUGUGGAAGCAUCCCCUGUAUCUUCCAUGGCUAAGGGCGCUGCAGAUGCGUGGAGAGUGUUCCUUGAUACAGCGGAAUCAAUGGCGCCUGAUUAUGAUCCGGAAGCUAGGGUUUCAUUAAACAAAUUUGUUGAUCAAUUGCCAUCGGUUUUUAAUCAGGUUGCUCAAGGAAUCUCAGAAUUCAAGCCAACACCUAGUGAGAAUCGCGAGUGUUGCAAAAACUCUUAUAAUAUCCGGAAAACACUCCUCGUGAAGUUCAAUUCUGAUGCGAUUGAUGAGACUGAUCUUCUUGAGGAGACUUUGAGGCCUCGUGUGGAAGCAAUUGGUGGAACACUGGAUAAAAUCUCAUUAAAUGGUAACCAUAUCACACCAUGCAUCCAGGAACCAAAAUUGCAAGUAGGUGAUGUAUAUACUCCAGCAGACGCAAUUGCACAAGUGCUCAAGACUCUUUCACUAAACGAGACCAAAGUUCUUGCUACAACCAUCUCAGAUUGGUUCUCAAGCAUCGAUGAAUAAUUUGAAAUUCACUAUAUUAAAUUGUAUAUAUUACUAAAGAAAUAUUAUACCUUUUUGGGUGGGAUAAAAAACUAUAAUUUUUUUUUUGUCCCAUUAGCAUUAAUCAGUUCAAUGUAUGACAAACGCAGUAAAAACUAUUAACCAUAGAUUUGUAUUUAAUUAAACAUAUAACAUCAUUUACAAAAACAGAAGGUUUCUAAGAUUACUCGCAAUCAAGGGGUGUUGAUGUAACGGAUCUUCUAUUGGAUUCCUCGCUUAAAAAUAUAACAUGAGAAUCCUCUUCUGUUUUUAAUAAAUUCAUCUUCCCUUCUAUGUUAUCCAUUUUAUCAAUUAAUGUGUGGCUUGAAGCCUUUGUAUUUGAACUAGGUAUAGAAAUAGUUUCCUCCCUAUUUGUUCCAUUUGAGGAAUCGGGAUUGCUUAACAUGUCUUCUUGAGAGACGUCUCCUAUUCUUGUUAGAAUACUAAAUGCCAAGUUUCCAAGAACACGAGAAUAAGCUUCUAAAAUCGCAUGUGCAACAUCCUGAAAUAAGGCUACAUUAGCAACUAACUUUUUCCGUCUUUUAUUGUAAGGCUUAUACUGUGUUUGACAUGCAUUGGACUGAUGUUAUUGGAACAAACAUUGUAAUAUUUUGAGAAGUUUACUAACCUUUCCGUAUUGGAUUUUCAUG